GGAAAUUUACUUUUACAAGACUAUUCCCAUAAGAUACAUCUGUCCAAUGACUUGAUUGUUGAUGCCAGUGUUUUAGGGGUGGCUUCUAUUGAUCUGUCAGGAAGUAUCAGCAUUAGUUUGUGGUACAAAAACUCUCACUCAGUCGUCACUAACAGUGGGGCAAUGGUUGUGGAAGGGUCCCUUCAAAUUGACUCCAGGGAACUGAGAUCAGGAAUAAAAUUCUCAACAGAAUCGGAGGCUUUUAUUGACUUCCAAACUGAUGUGGACUUUGCCGAGAUGCCAGUCAAAAUGUGUUUACAAAUGAAAAGGCCACCCAUUUCAGCCAGUCAAUCUGUACAAAAAUUUGAGAAAUCAAGAUAUUUAAAAAAAAGAUUGACAAUACGAAAGAAGAAAUCUACAGCCACUCCUCCAGUCUCCUACUUUAUAAAUGAGAAAAAUUCUUAUAUGUGUACUACCAUGGAUCCUGACCGAUAAUUAAGGUUUGUAAUU